GCUUAUAACUUUGUGAUUUGGCAUAGCGUAGCAUGCACCUCCACCUUCGUCCUGUUCUUCUGAUUGUGGCGGCUAGGAGUAGGUAGGGAGGGAGGGAGGGAGAUCAAACUGCGCGCCAUGGGUUUCCCUUUACGCUUCUUAUCAUCACUGUUGUUGUGCCUCUUGGCCCUCCUCCUCCACCGGGCCACGGUGACAAGUGGAUGUUUCAGCAUGGAGAGGGAGGCACUGUUGGACUUCAAAGCCGGCAUCCACGACACCCAUAACCGGCUAUCUUCUUGGACGGGCCACCACUGUUGCACAUGGAAGGGAGUGACCUGCGACACCACCACUGGCCACGUCGUCAUGCUGGACCUCCGAAACACAAAUAUUACAGAUGAUUGGGCAUUACGCGGUGAGAGGAUGAACUCGUCAUUGCUUGCUUUAUCACAUCUGGAGCACUUGGAUCUUAGCUUCAAUGAUUUCAGCGGAAUCCGCAUGCCGGAAUUCAUCGGCUCCUUCAAGAAACUGAGAUACCUCAAUCUAUCUUCGACAUAUUUCAUGGGAGGAAUACCUGCUCGGCUGGGGAACCUUUCGAGCCUCUACGUUCUUGAUCUAAGCGAUGCUUUAGAUUUUGCAUCCCAUGUUGACAACCUCGACUGGCUCUCCCAUCUUACCUCCUUGAAGCACCUGGACUUGAGCUGGUUGAAGCUAACCGGUGCCCCAGAUUGGUUCUCAUCCGUGAACAUGCUGCCAUCCCUCCAAGUGUUAAGUAUGUCUUAUGUUGGUCUCGAUACCAUCCCAGCUUCUGUUGUCCACGUCAACUUCACCUCCUCUCUUACUGUCCUUCAUCUCUCCUUUAAUAAUUUCAACUCCACCUUACCCAAAUGGUUGGGGAAUAUUACUAGUCUUACCCAUCUUGAUCUCUAUUUUGCUGGGUUAUAUGGCGUUAUUCCCGAUGCAAUUGGAGACUUGGGUUCUCUUACUUUUCUUAAUCUAGGAGACAAUCAACUCGAGGGUAUCGUACCGAGAUCCAUGGUUGAUCUCCGUAGACUGAAAGAAUUACAUAUGCAAGGCAACCGAUUGACAGGAAAUUUGAGCGAUUUGCUAGAGCAAAUGACGAAUCUCAUCAUUUUGGAUCUCGGGUCUAAUUUAUUCAACGGUUCCAUGCCUUCCUCCGUUGGUAAGUUCUCUAAUCUCACCGAAUUGAAUCUCGCUGGAAAUUCUGUUGGAGGUGUCCUUUCAGAAGUUCAUUUUGAGAAUCUUACGAGAUUGCAAGUGUUGGACUUGUCUGACAACCUCAUCACCAUAUCAGUUGGGCAGAGUUGGGUCCCCCCUUUCCAACUCAGAUUACUAGAUUUAACCAAUUGUCAGUUGGGACCUCAAUUUCCAGAAUGGUUACAGUUCCAAACACAGAUGACAACAUUAUAUUUGGCAGACUGUAAAAUUGCAGGGACAAUGCCCGCUUGGUUUUGGAAUAUUUCAUCUUCUACCAUCACAGAUUUAGACCUUUCCAACAACCAAAUAGGAGGCAAGCUGCCAUCUUCUUUCAAGUUCACCAAGUUGGAAAGAUUAAAUUUGGACUCCAACAGAUUUGAAGGUCCAUUGCCAACGAUGCCACCAUCUACACUUGAUGCUCUAUCUCUUUCCAAUAAUUCCUUUACAGGGCAAUUACCGAUAUGGCCCCAUGUUCACUCAGUGGCACUCUCAGAUAACAUGCUUGACGGUGGCUUAUCUUCAUCAAUCUGCCAAUGGACAUUUCUCGAAUACCUUGACCUUUCGAACAACAAAUUACUUGGUGAGAUCCCUUAUUGUCUAGGGGAGUCAUUACAAAAUCUUUGUUACUUAGAUUUGGGCAACAACCAAAUAGGAGGCAAGCUGCCAUCUUCUUUCAAGUUCACCAAGUUGGAAAUGUUAUAUUUAUACUCCAACAGAUUUGAAGGUCCAUUGCCAACGAUGCUACCAUCUACACUUGAUGCUCUAUCUCUUUCCAAUAAUUCCUUUACAGGGCAAUUACUGAUAUGGCCUCAUGUUAAAUUUGUGUUCAUCUCAGAUAACAUGCUUGACGGUGGCUUAUCUUCAUCAAUCUGCCAAUGGACAUGUCUCGAAUACCUUGACCUUUCGAACAACAAAUUACUUGGUGAGAUUCCUUAUUGUCCGGAGGAGUCAUUACAAAAUCUUCGAUUCUUGAAUUUGGGCAACAAUCACUUCUCGGGUGAAAUUCCACACACGAUCGGAUUUUUAAGUGAGCUUCAGCUAUUGCAACUAAAAAAUAACAGUUUUUCGGGUGAGGUUCCUUUGUCAUUGAAAAAUUGUACAAAUUUAUGGUUUCUUGAUCUGGCUCAAAAUAAUCUUGUCGGAAGUAUAACGCUAUGGAUGGGAGAAAAUCUACGACGACAACUGGUAGUUCUUCGUCUACGUUCAAAUAUGUUUUCUGGAGUUAUUCCCUGGCAACUUGCUCGAUUUAAGAGGCUUCAAAUAUUGGAUCUUGCAAAUAAUAAUCUAUCUGGAUCAAUACCUCAGAACAUUGGUAAUUUAAAUACCAUGAGAUCGACAUCACAAUAUAAUGAUUUUUGUUAUGAUGAAUUAGAUGUCUUUACGAAGGGACAAGAUCUUCAUUAUUUACAAUGCAGUAUAAAACUUAUGAAAAGUAUGGAUCUUUCGAACAAUAGUUUAACUGGAGAGAUCCCAAAAGGAAUUGGAGAUCUUGCAGGACUCAAGAAUUUAAAUUUGUCAAGAAAUCAUUUACAAGGUAAAAUCCCUUGGGAGAUAGGAGGAAUGAAAUCAUUAGAAUCCCUUGAUCUAUCAAUAAAUGAUCUUUCUGGUAGCAUUCCUGAGAGCUUAUCGGUUUUAUAUUCCUUGAGCUACUUGAAUUUAUCAUAUAAUAAUCUUUCGGGAAGGAUACCAACUGGUCAUCAACUCCAAACACUCAAUGAUCCAUCUAUUUACAUGGGCAAUGCCGACUUAUGUGGACCACCAACUUCCAAAAGUUGUUUUAAUAAUAAAAUAACUCAAAAUAUUAUACAAGAGUACAAGAAGGAGAUUCCUGAGUGGCUAUGGUUCUAUAUCAGUAUGGUAUUAGGAUAUGUGAUAGGAUUUUGGACCUUUUAUGGUAUUCUCUUCCUCAAAGAUGCAUGGAGACAUACUUAUUUUCAUACGAUUGAUCAUAUGUAUGAUUGGUUAUGGGUGAAAUAGCAUUUAAUCUUUUGACGAUUGUUUAGACUUUAAUCCUAAAAUUUCUAGUGUGGAUGAUACAAGACUUUACCGUAGAUGGGGAGAAGGUAUGUCAUCACUCUAUUUUUUUUAUUUAUAUGGUAUUUUAGAUUUGUAGAUAGGUAUUGAUCAAUUUCUAUGUAAUUUGGGUCUUCUUCUAUUUGAUGUUUGCAUAAUCAUAACAUCGUUGGCUCAUUGUUUUAAAGUAGAAAAAUAUUAGAAAAAGAAGAGAACAUACAACCGAGUUUCUGUACGAAGAUAUAGUCUAAAAGUAUACUAUAUUGAAUUUAAAGGAACAAACACAUUACUUUCAAAAUGAUAGAAUAGAUAUUAUAAUUUGACUAGUGUGUGUGGAUUGGACACAGAGGAAGCGAGGGGUGGCUUUGGCAUAGGGAGAAAAGAAAAAGAAAAACAAACGGUGUGAGAUUUAAUAAGGAUGAUGUUUUUAUAUCAAGAGAGUAAUAUAUGAUUUUGAAUUCCUUUCAUUCCCUAUCCAAAGAGUAAAUAGGACUAUAGAUUAAUUAAUCUAAGAUCAUUGAGUAUGUUGUGAUCUUAGAUAAAAAAAUAGUCAUUCUCAGAUUAAAAAAGAAAAUAUUAUGAUUGUUUGUUGGAUUGGUUUAUAUUAUUCGAAUGAUUUAGGAAAAGAAGAAGAAUGUUGAUCACUAUAUCAGUUAUAAUAAUCUACGAUUAACGUAAGUAUGGAAUGAUUUUGUCUAACUUGUUUUCCAAUUUAAUAAUAUAUAUUUGUUAAUAAUGAAGUUAUGUGAUUUGCAAAUGUUAAAUUGGCUUUUGAAAAUAAGAUUUUUGAUAUUACAUUUGUUUAAAAUAAUUAAAAUAUUUGAUUAUUAUAUUUUUGAAUGCUAUAUUGUUGGACAUAUUUCAAAUGAUAGGUAAGGAGUUAUGCAUUGGAAUUGGAAGGAUAUGUCAAUAUGUUAUUUUAAAUGAUGGUUAAUUUUUCAAUCUGUUAGUUUUAAUUUGGAUCUUACCAAUUGGGGUUAUGUAUUACUCGUAAGUUCAUAAACUAGUUUCUUAUGGGGCAGGACAUAGGGAUAAAUAUCUUACCUAUACAUGGAGGUUGAAUAUGUUUUUGAUUCUUGUCAUGGGAUAUAAUAUGGUUAUAGCCAUUAGAUAUAUGUCUUUUGUUAUAGUUAUGAUUAUUUAAUGAAUUUUAGAUGUGAAAGCUUAGUUAUACUUAUACUGAUUCAUAAUUAGUAAAAUAAUCUUUGCAUUAAAAUGAAAUAUAUCCACUUAUGUUUUGUUAUACAAACGUUUUCAAAGAUUAUAUUAUCUUAUGUGCUUGUUAUGCUAAAAGUGAUGAUUUGAAAAGCAUGUUUAUUCUUUAUUUAAGAAUAAAAGAGGGUUCAGCAUUUAUGUAUAGUUUUCUAAAAUGCAUUUAUGAUAAGUUUUGCUAGUAUAUGAGUUUUGGUGCUUACUAAGUUGUGGUUGCUCACAUCCUUGUUGUUAAAAUUUUUCAGAUGCCAGUGAGUAGAUUGAAUUUGGUUAUGCAUCGAGGCAAUAAAUUAUAUCAUUUGUGGUUCAAACUCUUGAGACUUGUGAUGUAAUAAUCCAUUAGUUUGGUGAACUUAUUUGUAUUUGAGAGUUCAAUAUGUCGCUACUAUUAUACGUGGACAUUAAGGGUGUUUUUGUUUUGUAUUGCGUAAAAUGCAUGAAUUUUUGGAUUUAACAGGUCUUGUAAUCGGAGGUGAUGGAACUUAAAAAAAAAGAGCCGCUGCAAUAUUUGAGGUAGUUAUAAAAUAGAAGUUCUUUAA